CGCUCCGUAAAUAUAAAUAGUGGGAGCCAGAUUACGCACAUUGCUCUUCUGCCAUCCGGCUUGUCCGCGCAAUCAGCCACCAUGACCACUACGGAGACGAAUAUAAACCUGUCAGAUGAGAUGCUGCCUGAAAAGAUGGCUCUCGACGUGUUAGGCGAAAAUGAAGCGAAAUCAAAAAAGGAACAGGUGAAGCUAGCGCUUGAAGUUGAACCUUCUAAACCAUGGAGAGAGUUGACCGGAGAAGAAAAGGCGUGGAGGGUUUUUUGGAUUUGCGCUAAAACAUUUGCGUUGUUAGCCCUUUUGUACAUUUUUGUCUGCUCUCUUGACCUUUUGUCCACGGCGCUACAACUUCUGGGCGGGCGAGCUACUGGCGACAUCUUUAGUAACCCGUUGUUGGAGAAUCCCAUGGUGGGUUUAAUGAUUGGCAUUCUGGUAACGGUGGCCGUCCAGAGUUCGUCCACUUCCACGUCGAUCGUGGUUAGCUUGGUUGCGGCUGGAUAUUUCGAAGACGUAAGAACCGUUAUUCCUAUAAUCAUGGGAGCAAACAUUGGUACUUCAAUCACCAACACACUAGUUGCUGUGACAAGAAUUAACAACAGGGCUGAGUUUAGCCUUGCGUUUGCUGGAGCCACUGUGCACGAUAUGUUUAACUGGCUCACCGUCAUUGUCCUGCUCACCGUUGAAGUCACAACUGGCUAUUUGUUCUAUCUGACCGAAGCUCUCGUGCAAAAUUUGGAGUUCCCUGAAGGGGCAGAGGACAUCAAACUGCUCAAAGUCAUUACGGAGCCAUUAACUAAAGCCAUCAUGGAAAUCGACAAGGAAGUCCUCAAUGGUUGGGCGGCAAAUGACCCAGAUUACGAUAAUCGAACACUUCUUAAAGUUUGGUGCGAGCCAACUGUAAAAUGCCCAUCUCUCUUUGCUCUUCUGGACAUUGGUGAUUUGGCGACAGGCGCAAUCAUGACCGUGGUUUCCUUGCUACUGCUCUGCGGAUGCUUGAUCCUCUUGGUCAAACUACUCCAAAACGUGCUUCAAGGUCCCAUGGUCGUUGUGCUUCAGAAGACGAUCAACGCCAACAUUCCGUAUGUGCCUUGGCUCACGGGCUACCUGGCCAUUCUUGUCGGCGCGUGCAUCACCUUCGUUCUACAGUCGAGUUCGGUCUUCACGUCUGCGCUUACUCCCCUCGUCGGCUUGGGAGUGAUCUCAGUCAACAGAAUGUACCCCUUGUGCCUGGGUUCAAACAUAGGAACGACAACAACAGCUGUCAUAGCGGCUUUGACUGCCAGCGGUGAAAAACUAAGGAUCACCAUGCAGGUUGCAAUGGUCCACCUGUUCUUCAACUUGACUGGAAUCCUCAUCUUCUACCCGAUUCCAUUCAUGAGAUGGCCACUGCCCCUUUGCAAGAAACUGGGCAAAACCACCGGCCAGUACCGUUGGUUCGCGUUUGCCUAUUUGCUGCUCUCCUUCUUGAUCAUCCCAGCCAUCGUACUGCUCCUCUCUCUUGCUGACCCCAACGGCUACGUGCUCCUAGGCGUCGCCGUCCCGGUUCUGGUUCUCCUAGCUGCCAUCAUCGUGAUCAACAUUCUGCAGAACAAAUUUCCGAAUUCAUUGCCCAAGGUUUUGCAAACGUGGAACUGGCUGCCUCUUUGGAUGAGAGACUUAGCGCCCAUAGACCGAGUUCUCUCUAAAAUUUGCUCAUGCUGUAUGAAGGAAACGACGCAAGAAGAGUUAGAAGAAAUUGCCAGAGCUGUCGACAGUCAAGGCGAUAAUUUUGGAUCCGAAGAUCCAAGUGAUUUAGGCAUUGAUAAUAAAGCUGCUGAUCUGAUUUAGUUAUAUUGUGAUAUAAGAAGAGCGGACAGUUACUUGUGAAAGUUGCUCAAAAGCGUUAUAAUGUGAAAAAUGUGUGAAAGUGACGUAAAUAUUUAUGUUCAAUUUUUAUAAAAACAUUUAAAAAUCAAAAGUUAUUGCAAAAACUUCAUGAAGUAUAUAUAUUUUUAAAUAAAAUAUAGAAUUGUCUUAAAAGCAUAUGCACUUCAGAUUAAAUUGAAUGAAUGGAAUUAGUUUUUUAACAAUAUGCUGUUAACGUUUAGUUCUGCAACCCGCAUGAACGGGACGAUCAGCGCUUUGCCUAAUUUCCCUGAGCCUCAUGACUCCACAUUAUGUAGUGCUUUUAGUUUGUAUGGAAGCAAUAACAUGUUUGUUGAGAUUAUAAUUUUACAUUUACUUUAAAUUUUUUUCAUGUAUUAAAAACAUUUUUCAUAUAAAUAUAAAUGAGAGUGACUUUUAAACUUGUAUUCUGAAAAAAAUUAAUUUUAAGGAUUGUCAGUUCUUCAUACAAAUGCCGAAGGGCAACUGUAGAAUAUUAUUAUUAGUUUGCAUUUAAGUUCCUUACUCACUUCAAUAAUGCCUAUUUUAUUUAGCACAACGCUCUAUUGGGGCAGAACUGGUUGAAGGUGAGCAAGAUACAUCAUUCUCUGUGCGUAUCAUUUAAGUGCGGCUAUUAACCCUUUGCAUUGCCAGCUCAGCUUAAAGCUUUAAGAGAGCUUGAAAAUUUUAAUUGAACAUUAAUAAACAAUUUUCAAAACUCGUGAGCUACAGCGCACGUGUUCUCUAACUUCCACGCUAUCAGGUGCCCUUAAUUUAUUUUCCUAUAAAAGAGCUGGCAUACUUUUUUUUUUAUCGUGCAGCUUUUUAUAUGCUUCUUGUAGGUAAUGUGUUUACAGGGUAAAAAAAUUCAAUGAAUUAUUGAUCAAUGAUAAAACCUCCUGUGAUAGUAGGUAUUUUAAGUACGGCGUGCAUCAACGUUUAUGCCGUAUUUAAGUUGCAUUAGUAUUUUACUCAAAAUGUAUAUUUUUAAUUUAUGUUAUUUAAUGAAUUUUUCUCUAAAAUAAUAAUUUAAAAAAAUUUGAUUUUUAGAUAUAACUUUCAUUGUGCAAAGCGGUGCAAAGGUUGUUAAAUGGAAUUAAUAUUUUUUUUAAAUUUUAUUUGAAAAUAAUUAUUUAUCAUGUUGCGCACCAUGUUCACUAGGCGAUCAAUUACAGCCUUGCAACAGAUCCUUGUGGGAUUUUUUAACCUCGAUACGCUUGAUCUCAAGACUGCACUCAAGACGAGUUUUUUCACUUUAUAUUGUGUAUGCACGCGAUUGACGCGAUUCAUACUUUCCCUGAAGAGCGCUCAAUCAAAGUGCAUUGCGCUCUUACCUUGGUAUUGUAAUGACUUGUACUUUUAUUUAAGUGCGCAACUGUCAAGUUUAAAAUGUAUGUGAUAUUAUAUUAUUAUUAAAUGCGAUUUGAAAAUUAUUAGAGUUUUGUUGUAAAAACUUUCAACCAGUUAAUUAAUGCAAG